AGCAGUUUCCGUGUGGUUGAGUAAACUGCACGGACAUUAGCGGACGCACGGAACGCAGGCAGCGGCACCACCACCAGCAGCAGCGAGCAAAGAGUGGAAUAAAACCAUACGCGGUUGUUGAGAAGCAUUAGGGAAACCCGCAGUGUUGGAGCAAAAUACAACCUACAGGCUAUUUUUUAUCGGAAACAGGAGAGAAGGUGUUUAGUGCAAGUAUUUUAGUACAUUGUGGUAGCAAACGAACGGCGGGAAUGGCUUCAUCUCCGUGCGGUAUCACCAACUUUGAUUCCGGUCUGGAAAUCAAAACUCGUUCGGUGGAGCAGACGCUUAUUCCGCUGGUCUCGCAGAUCACCACCCUCAUCAACCACAAAGACAAGCCCAAGAAGUCGGAGCGCACGCUGGCGGCCAUCCACAGGGUGGGCCAGGCAGUGAGCGUGGCCGUGGGGCGCUUCGUGGCCGUGGGGGAGGCCAUCGCCACGGAGAACCAGGAGCUGAAGGAGGAGAUGGGCCAGGCCUGCUUCGAGGCGCGCCGAGCAGGGGACGCCAUCGCCCAGUUGACAGACGCGAGCGCCACCACCGCCGCCGCCAUCGUCAUGGCAUCCCCAGCACAGACAGACGGGCGCGCCACGGUGUUCAGCGACCGCACUGCCAUGGUGAAGGCUGCGAGGCUACUGUUGUCCUCGGUUACCAAGGUCCUGGUGCUGGCGGACCGCAUCGUCAUCAAGCAGAUCAUCGCCUCGCGCAACAAGGUCCUGGUGACUCUGGACCACCUAGAGAGGGUCAGCACCUUCCAAGACUUUGUCCACAUCUUCAGCCAGUUCGGCAACGAGAUGGUGGAGUUCGCGCAUCUCACAGGAGACCGACAAAAUGACCUGAAGGAUGAGAACAAAAGAGCCAGGAUGGCGGCCGCCAGGGCAGUGCUGGAGAAGUGUACGAUGAUGCUCCUCACAGCCUCCAAGACCUGCCUGCGGCACCCAGAUUGCGAGUCUGCGCGGAUCAACAAAGACGCCGUGUUCCAGCGGAUGCGCUGUGCCCUGGAGCAGGUCAUUGAGAUUGUGACGGAGGCGCGCAGCUCCGGGGAGACCCGGGUGCUGCCAGCCAGCCUCUACAACGGCAUCAAGGACUUCAAGUCCCGGGUGGAGUCUCUGCGGGAGGGCGGUGGUCUGUACCCCUCGCCCCCCCAGAGCCUGGUGGGUCAGCUGGAGGCGCUGGUGGAGCGGACGGAGGACUUCACCGACUCGGCCUACACCAGCCACGAGCAGCGGCAGGCCAUCCUGGGCCUGUGCCAGGUGGCCCGGCAGCACGCCCAGCAGCUGGCGCAGGCCUGGGGGGAAGCGCAGGCUGCCCAGGACCAGGAGGUGACCGAGGGGGUGGAGGUGUGCAUCAUAAAGACCUGCCAGAGCGCCUGCGACCUCCACCGUGAGCUCCACAAGGUGGCGGUGAGCCGCGCGGCCGACCUCCUGAGGCUGCACGGGGAGCAGCUGCCCCUGCGAGCACUCAAGGUGUCCGGAGGGGAGGGCAACCUGGAGGCGGUGGGGGAGUUCACACGCACCCUCACCGAGCAGAAGGAGCAGCUGGUGGAGACGUGUCGCCUGCUGGGCCACGUGUCCGGUACGGAGCCCCUGGAGAUCACAUGUGUCCACGCUGAGGAGACCUUCCACGUGAUCGGUCCACAGAUCAUCUCAGCCUCCCAGACGCUGGCGCUACACCCGUCCAGUAAGAUCGCCAAGGAGAACCUGGAGGUGUUCUGCGAGGCGUGGGAGUCCCAGCUCUGCGACAUGGCGCUGCUGCUGCGAGAGAUCAACGACGUGACCGAGGGGCGCCGCGGUGACAAGAAACCAUAUUUAUCUCUUCCCAGACCUGGGAAACACACGGCCAACCUGAAGACGACCAAAGCCGUGAAGCUGGAUGCAGAGGAGCAGACAAGCAUGGCCAAGCUGGGCGUGGAGCUGCGUCUGCUGUCGUCGGACAUGGACGGAGAGCUGGACAAGUGGGAGGAGCAGGAGCACGAGGUGGUCCGACAUGGCCAGAGCCUGGCCAGCAUGGCCUACAGCAUGUACCUGUUCACCAGAGGGGAGGGACUUCUGAAAACAACCCUGGAUCUCUUUCAUCAGGCAGAGGUGCUCUCAGAGGAGGGAAUCCAGCUGUGCUCCUCUCUGAGCAAUUUCUCCAUUCAGUUGGUGGAGGAGAAGACUGCACUGACGACAGAGAUGGAGAAGUUGCUGGCCCUCUGCCAGCAGCUUCAGACCGGCGCCAAGACUCCCGUACAGGGCAAGACUGCCACCUUCCAGACAGUGGACUCCUCCAUCCAGACGUCCAGGGCCAUCAUGGCCGCAGUGUUGUGCCUGCUGCCGCUCUGCAACAAGCUCAACAGAAAGUAUAAGUCCGAGAGGAACAGCCUGGGCUCCCCUCAGGGCUGGAGGGAGCGACAGGAUGCCACCUCGCCUGUCAGAGAGGACGACUCCGCCAACGGCAAGAACAGCAACGGCUUCGGGGUCAGGCCCCUCGGGGAACACAUGGCGGGCAUGAACCUCCUGGAGAGCAAGUAGAACGCCCACGCAAAACCGUCCCUUGGCCUCGCUUGUCCAUCCCACAUCUUAUCGGGGGUUUAAAUAGUGCCCUCCACCAAUCCUCUUCAUGCAUUAACCACUGUCUGAGAUUGGGUUUGUGGCCUCACUUAUCCUCAGCUUUCACAUUCCUUUCAAUGACAGGCAAUACUUUUGCUGGGGGGGAGCAGUUCUCAUCCCAGACCACCAGGGGGAAGCAGUCAGCCAACUUUAAUGCCGGUAGAAAUCAUUGUGUUCCUCCUUAAUGUAGAGAAGCCGCUACUCCCUCAUUCUUUCCAAGAACUUGAAGCUACUGUUGCAGAUAUAGUUGAUGUGUCUUUUUAUCUAUAUGUGCCUCUGUGAGAAAAAAAAGACCUGUUUGCAUCACGAUAUUCUGUAAUUGACGUAGGUCUCUGCCAAAAAAGUGACAUGGAAAGGGUUAGAGAUGCUGACUUGCAUGUUGCUAAAAUCAACAAUCACUCAAUCAUUGUCCACAAAUAAGCUUUUUAAAUAUUAUUUAUGAAGUAUGUUCUAGAUGACACUGAUUUGCAGUGUUUUCUAAAAAAGAUGUACCUUAAUACAAGAGUCUGAUUGUUACGUGGACAGUGAAGAACACGUUUGUGAUGUGAACGUGACUCACACCCCGAUUUGUCAUCUAAGCUUAGCAAACGGUUGCAAAACUCACAAUAAAUGCCAAAUAUGAAUGUUCUUGUGGAAAUGUCAUGACAGCUCAACCUCCUAUAAAACAUUUAGCUCUUCACACGCGGAGGCUUUUCAUUAUGAUUCAUUUCUGGACAAAAGUUCAACCGACAGAGAUAAGCUUAUUACCAAGUUACAUAUUGCAAUGUCCCAACCUUAAUCCUUCCGUCUUGACCAGAGUAUUAUAAUCAAAUGAUUGGUGUGUAUUGUUAUACAGUUUGGACCGCAUUUCUUACAAAGAGAAUUUGUUGAUCCUAUUGACAAAGUUGUCAUUUUGAACCUUGAAGUGUACUUGUCAUGAAGACCAUCAUUGUGAGGUUGCCUAGAUGGCCAACAUACAUUUACAGAAAGUGUAUAUUCACACACAUAUAUAUGAUAAGGUACUGAAGCAGGAACUUGCAGACAGCAUGAAUCUAAAAGGUAAUGAAUGAGAUUGGUACCAGGCCAUAGAAGAUGAGAUGAACAGAAAACAAAGCUUUAGAGAUGUAUUAUAUUGUAAUGAAGGCAGUGAAGUAUGCCGGCAUUCUGAGAACGCGACACACGUAAAGAAAUAAAAUAUUUAGUUUGGACUAUUCUUUGGAAAGCUGAAUGGUUGUGAAAAGUGACAAGCAAAAAUAAAAACAAUAUUUUUUUUUAAA